CAUACAUCGAGUGUGUACGGAAGUGGUUCAACGCGGGUGUUUUGUCGAUUUUGCGAACAGCUGAAAAGACGAGAAAAGGUAGCUAAACUGCAUCAAAGCUGCUUUCUUAUUGAAUUAAUAUGGCCUAUUAGAAAGUGUACAAGCGUAAGAAUAAUUUUGAUAGCCAACCACACUUCUGUUGACUAAAAAUGCAGUCUUACAAUUACUGCUAAUGUUAGCUAGCUAACCCGUUAGCUUAGCCAGGACCUCCACUAGAGGAUUUGGGCUACUUCUAGUAGCUAGAGAGAAGUAACGAUAGCUAUACAUGAAAGUCCAUCUAUUAAUUCGACUAUUGAAAUGUGGCUGCGUGCCAAUCCGUUUGUGCCAUCAUCCCAACUCAUUGUUUGUCUCGACAAUGACAGCAACGGGGUUGGAAAGAGCACAAACCGAUCUGGGACCAGGCUAUAGUAAGAGGACCGACCUUUCCCGCUUCCCCCUCUCACCACAUCUCUUCUGAUCAGUCCAAUUAGUCAUUUUAUCCCUCUCUCCGUCGCCUCUCGUUCCUCAUCAUAUAGGCCUAAUAUAUCCGCUUAUUUUUUUGUCAGAGUCGUUCAGGUGAGAAGUAAGGAGGAUGGACUUUACUGAGUGUUACAGCGACACAGUGUCCAGUCUUGCCGUGGCAGCACGUGAUAGAAAUGUCAGGCGUGUGAGCUUACUGAUCCAGAGAGGCUGCAGUGUGGACAGUAGGGAUAACCGUGGCUGGAACGCCCUCCACGAGGCUGCAGCCGCUGGCACCAUCGUAUGUGUGCGGCAUCUACUUAAGGCUGCCGGUAAGGUUUGAGUUGAGAGGGGGGAACCAUCUCUCAUUCUAUGUCUCUUUGGAGACAAAAAAAAUCCAUCCUCCUCUCCUUCAUUGCUCUGAUCUGAAGGAAUUGACCAGGUGAAACCCAACUUAACAGUGGAGGCUGCUGAGGGGAGGACGGCUCAUAACAAUGGCAGGAAUGGAGUCAAUGCAAUGGCAUCAAACACAUGUGGUUGGUACCAUUCCAUUGACCCCAUUUCAGCCAUUAUAAUGAGCCGUCCUCCCUUCAGCAGCCUCCACUGCAACCUAAUGAUGAGCUUCCACCAUAUUGUUUUCACCUGUCAAGUCUUUUCCAAUUAGUGAAGGGGAGGAGACGAGUAGAGGAUGGUUUUUAAUUAAUUGGAAUAUAGCGUAUCUGAACAGGGCACCUAAAAGUGCAUCCUUCACUAACCUCCUUGGCUCCUCUUUCCAUUGGCUCUGCAGCAGGAGCCUCCCGUGGUUGCCGUGCCUACGUGGGCUCUCUGACACAUGAGGGUGAGUCUGCGUUGUACCUGGCCUCGCAGCGCAGACACCUAGCCGUGGUCAAGCUCCUCCUCAGAGCACACGCUGACAUCAACCAGCCAACCAAUGACCUGUCCUGCCCUCUCUACGCAGGUAAGACACACAGACACAGACAAAACACUUGGAACUGUGUUAUAGGUUCUCUUAAAACGGUGUGUGUGUGUUUGUGUGUGUGUGUGUAGCAGUAGACUGUGGGCACACAGAUAUCGUGGAGUUGCUGGUGCGGAAAGGGGCAGAGGUUAACGGAACACACACGGCCUCCUGCUGGACCUGCCUUCAUCAGGCUGCCUAUAAGGGUCACAGUGACAUUGUGCGUAUCCUGGUGGGUGUGUGUCGCCUGGAGGUGUUUGACGACCACAUGAUCACACCCCUGUUUGUGGCUGCACAGUACGGACAGAAGCAGUGUCUCCAGAUCCUCGCUGACGCGGGUAAACAUCUGUGGGUGUGCGCUUUCUGAAAACAUGUUUUGUUAAAUCAAUAUCUGUAUGUUAAAAGGCCCACUUCAGUCAAAAUUCUGUUUUUUUUUUAUAUCAUAUUGUACAACAGCUGAUGAAACAAACACUGUAAAAGUGUGUAAAAAUUGGAUCAGUGUUAUUUCCUGAUAGUUGCUGGUAAAAAAUACAAUCUACACAGGACCUUCUAAUCAGCAGGUUUGCAUGGGCGAGAGUUGCGGCUUUCCACGGUGACAUCACCAUACAGUAAAUUGGUUAUUAGACCAAUAUUAAAAAGUUCAAAAAACUCUGCCAAUUACAGCUAGUUUUCAGUUUUCCCCUCCCCACACAGACCACUCCCAGACAGCCCCAGCAAAAUUAUUGCCAGAGUUUUUUUUGGGUGCAAUUUUUGCCUGUUUUAAUGGAGAUCUAUAGAGGCCUUUUCACACUGCAUUGUUCUUAGCCCCAGGCUAGCUUAUCCUGUGUUCACACAAGCAUUUGUUAACCCUGGGCUAAGCUUUAGCCCUGGGCUAAGGAGUCACACUUGUAUUCCAAAGCCCUGGGCUAACGGACAAACACACAUGCGACCUUCGCCUCUCCCGAGCCCGUUGGGGAGUUGCAGCGACGAGACAAGAUGGUAAUCACGAAAAAGGGGGUAAAAAUGACAACAAAAAUCUAGAAAAAAAGAAAAUGGAGUGUUCGCUGCCCUUCCAGCUGUAGGAGUGUUUGCUGCCCUUCCAGCUGUAGGAGUGUUUGCUGCCCUUCCAGCUGUAGGAGUGUUUGCUGCCCUUCCAGCUGUAGGAGUGUUUGCUGCCCUUCCAGCUGUAGGAGUGUUUGCUGCCCUUCCAGCUGUAGGAGUGUUUGCUGCCCUUCCAGCUGUAGGAGUGUUUGCUGCCCUUCCAGCUGUAGGAGUGUUUGCUGCCCUUCCAGCUGUAGGAGUGUUUGCUGCCCUUCCAGUUGUAGGAGUGUUCGCUGCCCUUCCAGCUGUAGGAGUGUUUGCUGCCCUUCCAGCUGUAGGAGUGUUUGCUGCCCUUCCAGCUGUAGGAGUGUUUGCUGCCCUUCCAGUUGUAGGAGUGUUCGCUGCCCUUCCAGCUGUAGGAGUGUUUGCUGCCCUUCCAGCUGUAGGAGUGUUUGCUGCCCUUCCAGUUGUAGGAGUGUUCGCUGCCCUUCCAGCUGUAGGAGUGUUUGCUGCCCUUCCAGUUGUAGGAGUGUUUGCUGCCCUUCCAGCUGUAGAGUUGUUGGCUUCAGUUGGCUAGCUAAGUGAGAACAAUGUUAGCCAUAACAAGCAAUGUUUUUGCACAGAUUAAAGUAUUUAGUUUUUUGUCAAGUUUUUGUCUGCAGAUGGAAGGAUGAAAUAGUAUAAAUAUACUAAAUUCAAAUAGUGUGCAGAACGCAUCACAAGCAUGUGCAAAUUAAGUAUUUUGGCACCGUGUUUAAAAAAAAGUCGGUAACCCUGCUCCGGAGCAGGGCCAGCUAGCCCUGGGCUAAGGUUGGUGCUAGCCUACAUUACAAUGCGCAAGUGUCAACACUCGCUUAGCCCAGGGCUAAAAUGCAGUGUGAAUGCGCCUUAUACAGUACGGUACUUAAUCGUUACCCAGAAAUUAUUUGAUAUUGAUAUAAAAAUGGCUGCAUUGGGCCUUUAAGUCGCUGUAUAAACAUUGUGUGUUGUUUGCAUGUUGGGGUUGUAGGUGCCAAUGUGAACGCCCAGGCGUCAGACUUGGCAACACCGCUGCUGAUUGCGUCACAGGAGGGCCACGAGGGCUGUGUGGAGAUUCUUCUGGACCACAAUGCCAACCCGAACCUGUCUUGUUCCGACAACUGGCCACAGCUCCCCAUCCACGCAGCUGCCGAGUUCGGCCACAACUCUAUCCUGGCCAGGCUGAUUGCUGUGACAGACCGGGUGUGUGACCGUGGAGAGAGUGAGUUGAGUCCGCUGUACUCUGCUGUGAAGAACAAUCACAGCCACUGUGUAGAUCUGCUGCUGAGGGCAGGCUUCAGCCCAGACGCCCAGGACUGUAGCUCCCUCUUCAGCUCAGACACCACAUCGCCACUCGCCUACACCCUCGCCUUGAAAUGCACAUCCUCCCAGCCCUUCAGCGAUUCGGCGCGUUUCUUGGUAGCCGCAGGGGCCACUUUGACCGGGCGGGAAUGGUUCUACAUUCUGGCCACGUGCAAAUCCGAUGUGCUGCAGUAUGUCUUACAACACAGGAGCAUCCCCGGACCAGAGCAGCUAAGCAGGACCAUCAGACUCAGCUCUAGGACAGAGCAGCAGAGCAAGAUCCCACUCAGUCCAGAAGAGUUGCGUGGGCUGGUGUGUGAGGCGCUUGAUAUGGUGUGCCAUGCCUCCUACUGGCUGCCCCAGCUACUUCGGGCAGGGCUGGAGCCAUCCCUACUGUUGCAGCAACCUUACAUGCUGGGGAAGGCGGACAGUGAGGUUGUGAAUUACUUCCUGCAGUUUGUCAAUUGGUCGACUCUUUCCCACCCGCUAAAGGACAUACUGCUACACCGAGAGGAGGUCACCUGCUGGAGACCACUCGCGUACCACGGUAAGAAACACGUACAAAUGACAUUUUUAGCAUUUAGCUGAACGUCUUAUCCAGACUGACACAAUAAGGGCAUUCAACCACUGGAUAUUAUGCACAUAACUAAGACCGACACAUGCACACACACGGAAAACUGUCAACAGAUAAAUAAUAAUGGUGUGUGUAUGUUACUGUGUGUGUGUGUAGAGUGUGUGCCCCCUCUCUCUCACCUCUGCAGGCUGCGGGUCAGGGAAGAGUUGGGUUCAGUGGUUCUGAUGCAGACGGAUGUGGUCCGACAGCUUCCUCUUCCCCCUCCACUGCAGACAUACCUCCAGUUCAGAGACAUCCCACCACCCUCACACGCAACGACACUCCCACGGAGAGGGUUUCCACAGCGACUAGAACGAUGACAUACAAGGCUUCAUAUAACCUGCCACUGAAGAGAUGUCCUCAAUUCAGAAAUAUCCACACACACAGAGUUCCCUAUGCCUUCCUGUUCUGUUGAUGUGUAUUAUGUGAAUAGAUCAGCUCUAUUUGUAUACUGAUGUUAGUGAAAAUGAAUACUUUUUCUUUGUAGAAUUGCCUGUA